AUGAUCGCAGGUGCGUGGGACGGGGCGACAUCAACGGCUUCGUCCUACACGCCUACCAAGAGACAAAAGCUCUCUCAACCGAGUGGUGCAACGAUGACUGCGACUGCUGCACCGACGACUGCAACACCAACGACUGUUUCAACUGCAUCAGCUGCUGUGACUCUGCCCACAACUGCCGAUGAUAUUCGCCACUUUAUGAGUGCUAUUGACCUCCACGACGUUGCACGUCACUUCGACAACAAAGACGACGAUGUCAAUCCCUAUUUCGUGUGCGACGGUGUAUCCGUUGACGCCUUCAAUGCGUACGUUCGUGGUCAGGAAAGACUGCGGGUCGGCCUUCGGUUUCUCGAACUCAGUGGCGAUGGGCGUGUAUUGAUCACCGAGCUUCCAAAUUCAAGAGUGCACGACACGACACGAGAGCACAGCCAGGGAAUUCGAACGCGAAUUCAACAGAGCGACAGGAAAUGAUCGCGAGGUUGCAAGUGGUGGCGCAACGACAGUCAGCAGCGAUGCCCUCCCAGACAAAGAGGCCGACGCGAGUUUUGGGCCACAACGAACCACGCCACAUCGAAACGCGCCACCGCAAGGUCGUACGAUUGCUGAUUGGUUGACUCUGGUGGAUGCUGGGAUUGAGUACAUCUUG